AUGAGUACCCCAGGAGCUUCAGUAACAGCCACAAUGAAGCUAAAACAGAACAUUAACCCUAUUCUUUUAUAUCUCAUAAACUUUGUAAUUUUGGUCUACACUAUUUUAACGUACAUUCCAUUUUACUUUUUAUGUGGAUCGAGACAUGCAAGAUCCAAUCAACUGAAAGCAAAGCCUGUAAAUAGGAAGCCAGAUGCGGCAUACCGCUCUGUUAACAGCUUCCGUCGGUUGGCUUCAGUGCUCUAUCCUGGAUGUGAUACGCUAGAUAAAGUUUUUAGGUAUGCAGAAAACAAAUUUAAGGACAAAAGGCUCCUGGGAACACGAGAAAUACUAAAUGAAGAAGAUGAAGUGCAACCGAAUGGAAAAAUUUUUAAAAAGGUUAUUCUUGGUGAUUACAAUUGGCUGUCAUAUGAAGAGGUUUUUGUUCGAGCCUAUAACUUUGGAAAUGGCCUACAGGUAUUGGGGCAGAAGCCAAAGACUAAUAUUGCUAUCUUCUGUGAAACCAGAGCAGAAUGGAUGAUUGCUGCACAAGCUUGUUUUAUGUAUAAUUUUCAACUUGUUACACUAUAUGCUACUCUAGGAGGUCCAGCAAUUGCUCAUGGAUUAAAUGAAACAGAGGUAACCAACAUCAUUACAAGUAAAGAACUUUUGCAGACAAAAUUGAAGGAAAUUGUAUCUCUUGUUCCUCACCUGCGACACAUCAUAACUGUGGAUGGUAAACCAACAACUUGGUCCGAGUUUCCCAAGGGUGUCAUUGUUCACACAAUGGCAGCAGUACAGGCUUUGGGAGCAAAGGCACACUCAGUAAAUAAACCUGAAAGCAGGCCUCUGCCCUCAGAUAUUGCUGUAAUCAUGUACACAAGUGGAUCUACAGGACUUCCAAAGGGAGUUAUGAUCUCUCAUUCAAAUCUUAUUGCUGGUAUAACUGGGAUGGCCGAAAGGAUUCCAGGACUGGGAGAAGAAGAUGCUUAUAUUGGAUAUUUGCCUCUUGCCCAUGUUCUAGAAUUAAGUGCUGAGCUUGUUUGUCUUUCUCAUGGAUGCCGCAUUGGCUAUUCAUCACCACAAACUUUAGCAGAUCAGUCAACAAAAAUUAAAAGAGGAAGCAAAGGAGAUACAUCCAUGUUGAAACCAACACUAAUGGCAGCUGUUCCGGAAAUCAUGGAUCGAAUCUACAAAAAUGUCAUGAAUAAAGUGAAUGAAAUGAACAGUUUUCAACGCAAUUUAUUUAUUUUGGCCUAUAAUUACAAAAUGGAACAGCUUUCAAAAGGCUAUUGUACUCCACUUUGUGACAGGUUUGUUUUCCGGAAAGUACGAAGCCUGCUAGGUGGAAAUAUUCGUAUCCUUCUAUGUGGAGGUGCUCCACUUUCUGCAACAACUCAGCGAUUUAUGAAUAUUUGUUUCUGCUGUCCUGUUGGUCAGGGCUAUGGACUUACUGAAUCAGCAGGGGCUGGAACAAUCACUGAAGUUUGGGACUAUAAUACAGGGAGAGUUGGAGCACCAUUAAUUUGCUGUGAAGUUAAAUUAAAGAACUGGGAAGAAGGUGGAUACUUUAAUACAGAUAAGCCACGUCCUAGAGGUGAGAUUCUACUUGGUGGCAAGAAUGUGACAAUGGGCUACUACAAAAAUGAAGAAAAAACACAAACUGAUUUCUUUGAAGAUGAAAAUGGACAGAGGUGGCUCUGUACGGGAGAUAUUGGAGAAUUUGAUCCUGAUGGGUGUUUAAAGAUUAUUGAUCGUAAAAAGGACCUUGUAAAACUUCAGGCAGGAGAAUAUGUCUCUCUUGGAAAAGUUGAGGCAGCUUUAAAGAAUCUCCCAUUAAUAGAUAACAUCUGUGCAUAUGCAAACAGUUAUCAUUCUUAUGUCAUUGGAUUUGUUGUGCCAAACCAGAAGGAACUAACAGAGUUAGCUCGACAAAAAGAACUGAGAGGGACUUGGGAGGAGAUCUGUAAUAGUCCAAUAAUGGAAAAGGAAGUGCUAAAAGUGCUCUCUGAGGCUGCUGUUUCAGCAGGUCUGGAAAAGUUUGAAAUUCCAGUAAAAAUUCGUUUGAGCCCAGAUCCAUGGACCCCCGAAACUGGCCUGGUGACUGAUGCCUUCAAACUAAAACGCAAAGAACUUAAAACACAUUACCAAGCGGACAUUGAGCGAAUGUACGGAGGGAAAUGAUCGUUCUCUUUUUGCACCUCUUUGCUACAGUGAGCUCAGAUCAAAUAGGAAAAUACUUGAAUUGCAUGUCUCAGUCUUUGAGACAAACACCAUUCCUCAUUUUAAGCCUAAACUGUUAUUUCUCAUGACAUUACCAUCUUUUACUGACAGGAUUAGUAAAAUUUUAAGACAGCAAACUUGUGUCUGUCUCUUCUUUUUUUUUUCACCCCAAUUUAUUUCACUACCUAUGACUAUAUUAUAUUUGUCAGUUUGUGGAUUUCCUGAAUCAUAUUGGGGAAGCAAUGAUUUUGAAACCUCAAAUUUUUAAAAAUGAUUUAUAUAUCCUGUAUAAUGUUCAGUUUGUAACUUUUUAAAGUUUGGUUGUAUAGAGGGAUAACUAAGAAAUAUUAGAAAUGGUUACUUUGGGGGCCUUUUUUACUUACAGUAUUUAAAAACAAAAGGAUCUUGAUGUGAAAUUAUGUAAAUUUCAAAUGCUUAUUAAUCAAAUCAUUGUUGAACAGAAGAUCAGAUUUGUUGUUGUAUAAUUAUUGUCUUGUAUGCAUUUGAGAGAA